AUGGAGCUGCUACCGCAGGGGAGAACAGGAGAGACAGUCAUCAGCCAGGACACGGUCAAGGGACAGGAGGUGGCCAAGUGCCCCCUGGACCUCCCAGAGUACCAGACCACCCAGCCACAGCCACAGCCACAGCCACUACCACCACCCAAUGUUAUUACCCAACAGCCACUGUUUAACGGGACAGCUGAGGAACACACAGGUGAGGUUAUAGUGGAUACAGGUGAGGUUAUAGUGAAUACAUGUGAGGUUAUAGUGAUACAGGUGAGGUUAUAGUGAAUACAGGUGAGGUUAUAGUGGAUACAGGUGAGGUUAUAGUGAAUACAGUGAGGCUAUAGUGGAUACAGGUGAGGUUAUAGUGAAUACAGGUGAGUUAUAGUGGAUACAUGUGAGGUUAUAGUGGAUACAGGUGAGGUUAUAGUGAAUACAGGUGAGGUUAUAGUGGAUACAGGUGAGGUUAUAGUGAAUACAGGUGAGGUUAUAGUGGAAAGGUGAGUUAUAGUGUUACUGUAGCUAUAGUGAUACAGAUUAUAGAAUACAGGUGAUAUAGUGAUCGUGGGUAUAUGAUACUUGAGUAUAGUGAAUACAGGUGAGUUAUAGUGAAUACAGGUGAGGUUAUAGUGGAUACAGGUGAUGUUAUAGUGAUACAUGUGAGGUUAUAGUGGAUACAGGUGAGGUUAUAGUGGUUACAUGUGAGGUUAUAGUGGAUACAGGUGAGGUUAUAGUGGAUACAGGUGAGGUUACAUUGGACAAAGGUGAAUACCAUGUGUAUCCUGUACAUACGACUAAUACAACUUGAAACUACAGGCGUGGGACCAUCACAGUAUCCUGCUAUAGACGUCUCUUGUUGUUGUUUCAUUGAGAUAAUGCUUUUAUUUUUUAUAGGGAUUUAACACGUAUUUACAAGCUCCCAGGGCCCUCUGUAAGUGUUGUUGUGUUGAUCACGGUUCAGCAGAGCUCACAGGGCCCUCUGUAAGUGUUGUUGUGUUGAUCACGGUUCAGCAGAGCUCCCAGGGCCCUCUGUAAGUGUUGUUGUGUAGAUCACGGUUCAGCAGAGCUCCCAGGGCCCUCUGUAAGUGUUGUUGUGUUGAUCACGGUUCAAGCAGAGCUCCCAGGGCCCUCUGUAAUUGUUUGUUGUGUUGAUCACGGUUCAGCAGAGCUCCCAGGGCCCUCUGUAAGUGUUGUUGUGUUGAUCACGGUUCAGCAGAGCUCCCAGGGCCCUCUGUAAGUGUUGUUGUGUUGAUCACGGUUCAGCAGAGCUCCCAGGGCCCUCUGUAAGUGUUGUUGUGUUGAUCACGGUUCAGCAGAGCUCCCAGGGCCCUCUGUAAGUGUUGUUGUGUUGAUCACGGUUCAGCAGAGCUCCCAGGGCCCUCUGUAAGUGUUGUUGUGUAGAUCACGGUUCAGCAGAGCUCCCAGGGCCCUCUGUAAGUGUUGUUGUGUUGAUCACGGUUCAGCAGAGCUCCCAGGGCCCUCUGUAAGUGUUGUUGUGUUGAUCACGGUUCAGCAGAGCUCCCAGGGCCCUCUGUAAGUGUUGUUGUGUUGAUCACGGUUCAGCAGAGCUCCCAGGGCCCUCUGUAAGUGUUGUUGUGUUGAUCACGGUUCAGCAGAGCUCCCAGGGCCCUCUGUAAGUGUUGUUGUGUUGAUCACGGUUCAGCAGAGCUCCCAGGGCCCUCUGUAAGUGUUGUUGUGUUGAUCACGGUUCAGCAGAGCUCCCAGGGCCCUCUGUAAGUGUUGUUGUGUUGAUCACGGUUCAGCAGAGCUCCCAGGGCCCUCUGUAAGUGUUGUUGUGUUGAUGACGGUUCAGCAGAGCUCCCAGGGCCCUCUGUAAGUGUUGUUGUGUUGAUCACGGUUCAGCAGAGCUCCCAGGACCCUCUGUAAGUGUUGUUGUGUUGAUCACGGUUCAGCAGAGCUCCCAGGGCCCUCUGUAAGUGUUGUUGUGUUGAUCACGGUUCAGCAGAGCUCCCAGGGGCCUCUGUAAGGUCUGACAGAGCUGAUGAUGAAGAUAGCGAUGACUCUAUGACAGAUCUCAGCACAACCGACGACGCGUCACACCUCCUACCAAACAGGGUACCAACAAACCCGUACCAACUACAGAAAGGUAAGGCUACUGAUAAUAACGUCAUCUCAUUUAACACUUCAAAACGUUAGUUCACAGCUUCUCCUUUUUUCACUUUAUUAUAAAUGUUCAGAGCUGUAUAAGGGUGGUUGAUUGAUUGGGUGGGUAUUAAAUUGGGGGGUUUGAUUGAUUGUUAGGGUGAUCUGAUUGGGUGGUUGAUUGAUGGUUUGGGUGGUUUGUUGGUGUUUGAUUGAUGGGGGUUGAUUGACCUCGGGUGGUUGAUUGAUUGGGGGGGGUUGAAUUGGGUGGUUUGAUUGAUUGGGUUUAUUGACGGGGUGCUUGUUGGUUGGGUGUUGAUGAUUGGGUGGUUGAUUGUUUGGUGGUUGAUUGAUGGUUGCUUGAUUGGGUGGUGAUUAAAUUAGGGGUUGAUUGAGUUUCGUUUGUUGCAUUGGUGUUGAUUUCUUGGGUGUUUUUUGAUUGAUUGGGUGGUUGAUUUGAUUGGGUGGUUGAUUGAUUGGGUGGUUGAUUGAUUGGGUGGUUGAUUGAUUGGGUGGUUGAUUGAUUGGGUGGUUGAUUGAUUGGGUGGUUGAUUGAUUAGGUGGUCGAUUGAUUGGGUGGUUGAUUGAUUGGUGGUUGAUUGAUUGGGUGGUUGCUUGAUUGGUGGUUUGUGCUUGUGGUUGCUGCUUGGGUGGUUGAUUGAUUGAUUCACUUCUCACUCCCACAGUAGAGCCUCCCACCAGGGUCCCUCUGUCGUCCAGUCCGAAAACGUCCCCCAAGACCCUGACCAACGGAGCCUCUCCCUCCCCUGUCUGCACCCCUCGUCCGCCUCUAUUAACCAGAGAGGAUGGAGCCCUCCUCAGCCUCCUCAGCCCCCUGCCUCCAUUAACCAGAGAGGAUGGAGCCCUCCUCAGCCCGCUCAGCCCCCUGCCUGUAACAGGCACCAUGGACACCCUGAUAAAAAACAACACCUACCAUCCACCACCAAGAGCCAGAACUCAUUGA